UGCAGCCGUUAGUGGGGCGCGGGGAAGAGUGCUGCUGCUGGGGGGACCCAGUGCCUCUCACUCAUUACGGCUCCCGGACUGGUGGCCCCAAGCUGGGCCCGACUCCACUCCCACCGCCACCAUGGACAAACUCAAAUGGUCCAAGGGACUCAGGAUAAGACUGCGGGCCGAGGGGCGACUGAAAGUGCACCCCAAGAUGGCCAUAGAGGCAGUCCAUUACCUAGUUUCCGGGUCCGGCAUGUUGAAGAUCAGCAGGCUGCUUUUUGUCCUGGGAGCAGCCAUCAGCUUUAUCAUCGCACCAGCCCAUGAAUCCUACAUAGCCAUCCUGCUACUGGAAUGCUGCAUAGUUCUGUCAUUCAUUAUAAUAUAUGUGUUAGGUCUACACCACUUGUUAGUGUGCAUAUUAUGGCCGGCAUUUGAUAUUUUGAACUGUUUACUUACUGCGGGUUUCCUUAUAAUUGUUGGCAUCCUGGUUCUCUGGGAAGAGGGAACAGAUGAGUACAUCAUAAGUGGAGCAGCUUGCUGUUUUAUGGCCGCGGGUCUAUGUAUCCUUGAGGUGUCUUGCCAGGGAGGCAGCAUAUGGUAUAAGAGAUGGAAGGAAGCGGUGAAAGAGAAGAUGUUAGCAGUAAACGAUGUAAAAAAAGAGUCUUCCGAGUUAGCCAAAGAGAAGGCAGUGGCAGAAGAAUUAGUGGCAAAGGCAGUGGCGGAGGCAGCAGCAACAGUCAGGCAAACACCACCAAAAAAACCUGCAUCAGCAAAGUGAACAGAGCAGCCCUCCAAGAUUGUCAAUUUUCAGAACUCUGGUUCAUUACGCUUAAUAAUCAGUGCUCACAAAGCAUAAGAACA